CAGCAUGAGCCAGGCCGAGCUGUCCACCUGCUCUGCGCCCCAGACGCAGCGCAUCUUCCAGGAGGCCGUACGCAAGGGCAACACGCAGGAGCUGCAGUCGCUAUUGCAGAAUAUGACCAACUGCGAAUUCAAUGUGAAUUCGUUCGGGCCCGAGGGCCAAACGGCACUGCACCAGUCGGUCAUCGACGGCAACCUGGAGCUCGUGAAGCUGCUGGUCAAGUUCGGUGCCGACAUCCGCCUGGCCAACCGCGACGGCUGGAGUGCACUGCACAUUGCCGCGUUCGGCGGCCACCAAGACAUCGUGCUCUAUCUCAUCACCAAGGCCAAGUACGCAGCCAGCGGCCGGUGAUGCCUGACAGGACCCUGGAAUCCGGCCCCGCGCCCGUGUCGUCUCUGCUGUACCUUCCCGCCAACUACCUCGGUGUGCGCCAGCGUCGCCAGCCCAUCCAGGAGCCCUGCGCUGGGCCCUCAGCGGCCGCGGCCCGGGGUCCGGCACCUCCGCCAGCUGAGCGCCUCCCAGCGGCAGUCCCGGCCACGCCGGAGCGCCUUCCCACGGCCGCCAACCCCCUGCUCCGGGGUUGGGGGCGGGGCGCAGGCUCCAGCCCGUUUGAAAUUUGAGUCUCGCUACUAACAAGUGCGGAAUCCCGAGAUACCGGAUCCUCUACUCGAAUGUUUUCUCCCGAAGGUGAAAAGCGGGCGGCGUGGGGGACGGCGAACCCGGAACCUGCCCGCUGCAGGAGUGCAGACGCCGGCUGCCGCGAGGAGACGCUCCAAUGCUCUUGGUGUUCUAAACUAUUUAUCUGUGUAUGUAUAUUUGUGGGUGAAGUUUGUGCGCCUGUCUUUUUGUUCGGAAAAUAUUGUGCGUGGUCAAUGUGGUUAUGGGGGAAAGAUGCAUAUUUUUUUUCUAGUCUUAACGCUGAAAACUUGAGUCUACCAUUUCUUGGUUGCACUGAAAACACCGCCCAGCCUGAAGGGUUUCCCGUGCAGUCCUCCCCCACCCUCCCAGCUCCCGAUCCUCCCCAGAUCUCUGCCCUCUUUCCCCCAUUUCACGGGAGUCCGGGAAGCCUCAGGGCCUCCCUCCCCUCCGCUCCUGGGAGAGGCCACCGUCCCCUAUCCGGCUGGUUUUGCAAAGUUUCCGCGGCAGCCUGGAAGCCCGCUGGCACUCGUGGGGCGGGGAUGAGGGGAGGCCACCUUUUCUAGUGCGUUCUGUCAUAGUUAACAGUCGGUUGCACACUUUUUUAAAAAGUAAAUGGAUUGCCACGAUUAAAUGUCAUAACAUUUAUGACAGAAUAUAAAAUAUUAACAUAUUUUAAGCCAAGUUUUAGGUAUAUUUUUUGAGGCUUGUUUAUAAACCCCAUUUUAAAGGGCUUUGUAUCCAGCGUUGUGAAGGCAACAGAGUGUACCCAUAUUUAUAUUUUUAUAAAAUACCUAUAAGACUGUGAAUCUCUUGUGCUAAUUGCUGAGUGAACUGAAGGACCGUUUGACCCUCUUCAGACUCCAGGAGCUUCGACUGGAUUCGAAUCCGAAAAUCUUGCCAUGGGUGAAGGGCUGUGGGGGUAGAGGGAGGCUCUCCUGCGUCACUUUUUCUGUCCUUUCUGAAAGGCGCCCUUCCUGGUUUCUGUGGUUCCAAUUUUCUAUGCAACCCCACACCCCUUCUUGUUUUGAUCUUGAGAAAUAAAAGGGAGGCUGAAUUAUUCAAAUUUAAAUGAGGUUUCCCGUUGUAGAAGUGCUGCUGACCCUUCGUGCAAAAAUGGGGAGCACUUGAGGACACAGGUGGGUGGAGGCCCUUUGUGCGUAUCUGGUCACACUCGCUGUCAUCUGUGGCUUUGUGUAAGACUGUGUGAGAAGAAUAUAUUGAUAAUGUCAGUGAGACAAGCAGACAUUGAAACUGAGGCACAGAUUGCUCCACAAGGAGUUCUGUAUAUUUUUUCCUAGAUGCAAAUACCUUUUUAAUUAUGUUAAUUAAUGUUAAGACUUUCUAGGCUUAUAUCAAAGCUGUGUGUGGGUCAUGGUAUGAUCACUUCUAACUGGAUAAAGUCUGUGCAGCACAUUCCUGAGUGUACGAUAUAGACUUGUAGCCCAGCAUGAAAAAUUUACAAAUAAAUUUUUCAUUGAUCUUUUUAUAUUAAAAA